UUUCAAACCUUUCGUUGAUGAAGAUUUCUAGUCACCAUGCCCGUUUCCCCUACUUUUUCUGAGUUUUUCUUUCUUACUUCAUAGACAUAUCAGUGAAAGAAGAUUACACAAAAGAUGUUUGAGGAGUUGCUUACUUCAUAUUGGACUAUUUUCACGGCUGUGCUAGGAGCAGUGUGUUUGGUAUGGGUUCUGCAUGGAAAGAAAAAGACAGAACAGGCAGAGAGUGACAAGCAUAACGGUUUUAAGACAACAUAUACCGACAAUUUGGCACGAAAAGAAGAAAAAUUAGACGAAAAAACACAAAGAGAAAGCAAAAGGAAGAUCAAAAUUUUGUAUGGAACUCAAACAGGAAAAUCCAAACAUUUUGCAGAUAUGUUUGGUAAAGAUGCUGUUUAUAAAGGAUACACAUGUGAAGUGAUGAACCUAAAAGAUUAUGAUCCAGAUGAACAAUUGGCAUAUGAAAGUGAAAGUAGGAAUUACCUUGUGGUUUUUAUAUCUACUUACACAGAAGGAUCACCACCUGAUGGAGCAGAAUGGUUCAUGAAAUGGCUAGAGGAAAGUGCUUCAGAUUUCAGAGUACAAAAAAGCAUGCUGCACGAUUUACAGUAUGCCGUGUUUGGUCUUGGUAAUUCUGUGUAUGGAAAUGAUUUUAACACUGUUGCUAAAAAAGUUGACAGUUGUCUGCAUAAACUGUCGGGACAGAGAAUUUUGGCAGUAGGUCUAGGUGAUGAGAAUGGUGGUCUUGAAAAGGAUUAUUUUGCCUGGAAAAAGGAAUUUUGGAAAAAACUGAAACAGGAGAAGGCUGUUGGCCCCUCUAAUGAUACAUUUAAUAGUCAAAGCUGCAAAAGUGAUAGUCAGUGCAGCUGUCAAGAAAAGGAUAUUGCUAACUCUGAAGAUUCUGGCAGUGAAGAUGAAUCAAAAGAAGAGACGUCAGACAAUGAUAUUGUGGAUGUUGAAGAUUUGGGCAAGGUUAUGGGAAAAUCACCUAAAAAGGAUUCAUCAAAGAGUGAACCCACCGAUAUGAUUACUCCACUGAUAAAAACUUCAUUGGAAAAGCAAGGAUACAAACUAAUAGGAUCACACUCAGGAGUAAAACUGUGCAGAUGGACAAAGUCAAUGAUGCGUGGAAGAGGAGGAUGCUACAAGCACACCUUUUAUGGCAUUGAGAGUCACAGAUGCAUGGAAACAACACCAAGCCUAGCGUGUGCCAACAAAUGUGUAUUCUGUUGGAGACAUCAUACCAAUCCUGUUGGCACAGAAUGGCGAUGGAAAAUGGAUGAUGCUGAAUUUGUCUUAAAAGGAGCAUUACAGAAUCAUAAGGGCCUUAUUAAACAAUUUAAAGGUGUACCUGGUGUUCAGUCAGAAAGAUUUUCUGAGGCUAUGACACCAAAGCAUUGUGCCCUUUCACUCGUUGGAGAGCCCAUAAUGUAUCCAAAGAUUAGCAAGUUUAUUGAUCUUUUGCAUGAUGAGGGGAUCUCUACAUUUUUGGUAACUAAUGCCCAGUUCCCUGAUGCAAUAAGAGAACUGUCGCCAGUCACUCAGUUGUAUGUAAGCGUGGAUGCUAGUACUAAAGAGAGUCUUCAGAAAAUUGAUCGUCCUUUGUUCCGUGAUUUCUGGGACAGAUUUCUGGAUAGUCUUGACGCAUUAUCAGAAAAAUGUCAAAGAACAGUUUACAGAUUAACUUUAGUCAAAGCUUUGAAUACAGAUGAAUUGGAUAGCUAUGCAAAGUUGGUGUCCAGAGGGAAACCCGAUUUUAUUGAAGUGAAGGGUGUCACCUAUUGUGGUGAGUCAAAAGCCUCUAACUUAACAAUGGAGAAUGUUCCAUGGCACACGGAGGUUGUCAACUUUGUGCAGGAGCUGGUGGACAGGUUAGACGGGGAUUAUGAGAUUGCAUCAGAACAUGAACAUUCAAACUGUGUUCUAGUGGCACACAAAAAGUUUUUUGUCGAGGGGAAGUGGUGGACAUGGAUUGACUACCCCAAAUUUCACUCCCUGAUCAAGCUUUACAGAGAGAGUGGAGGGAAUCACAAAUUUUCUGCCGAGGAUUACAUGGCGCUGACACCAGAUUGGGCUGUAUUUGGAGCUGAAGAAAGGGGAUUCGAUCCUAAAGAAGUCCGACAUUUUAGAAAAAGACAGAAAGAUAUUUCUGGAUGCUGAUGUAUUUAAUUCUUCAUACUCUCUAAAACUGUUGAACAGCAUGUCAUUUUACACAUGAUAAAUAAAAGGGGAAAAUGUAAACAUACAUUUAUGAUGUUUUUUUAUGAUGUUUAUUUUUUUAAUAUUUUAUUAAUGAAACAAAUACUAGCAGAUUGAAAAUUUUUCUGUCAAUGAAUAUUAAUUUCAUGAUAAAUUGGUCUUUAGUUACCCUAUAAUCACUUGAUAAUGUAUAUAAAUAAAAAAAACAUUGAUGUGUAAUUUGACCCCUAGAGGUUUUUUUAAUCCUGUACAUGCACUUUAAUUUAACUGUUUAAUGUCAAUUUGCCGAAAUAAAAUGUCAACAUAUUCAUGCAGUUAUUCACUACUUUUUGUCAAACAAGUUAAAAUUGAAAAUGUAACAUCAGAUUGUUUUCAUUGCUAGAAGAAAUAGUAAACAUUAUAUAGCAG